AUGCUUUUCCUUCUGAGUAUCAUCUUUUGCCAGUUGCUUGCACUCACAUUAGCCACACCUUUACGUAUUUCACUCGAAAAUGAGUUAUCAUCAAAUGUAGAAAUGGGCACACCAUACAAGGUAGAUGAAGUUCUCGCACUCACAACUUGGAAAAGGGCAGAACACAGCGCAAGCAGUCUUACUUCACGUCCAGUAUUCGUUGUCGCACCUCCAAGUGUACGUUCACCCGAUCGAGCAGGUACAUCAACAAGUUUUGAAGCUAGCAGCAGCGGUGGCAAUAGUAGCCCAUCAAGGUGCAAAGGUUGCUUGCCUCGUAUUCCAAUCUCAAAUGCAAACAAAGCAAGAUUAAAUAAAGUGUAUACAAAAACCAAAGAUGCUAUAAGUUCAGCUUUUUCUCAUCCAGCUCUUUCGCAUCAUAAGAUUCCAAGGUUCGAAUCGGGUUAUAGAGAACGAGGUCAUGGUACAAAAUAUGAGGGAUUGUAACCAUGAACACUGUUUGCAUUUCAUCGUAGUGUCUCUCUUUGUAUGACUGUACAAUCACAGCUGUACUCUUUCAUACGAUUUGAGAUGGCGACAAAAGCAAAAUUGCAUAAAUCAACCCAAAUUGACUUACUCUUUUGAUCCAUGAUUGAUCUUUG